AUGGCUAGCCUUGCCCGCGAUGCCGCAGCUUUCCAGACCGCUCUCAAACGACAGGACUACGCCUCAUGGCGGUCCCAGCCUCCACCUCUGCAGCCUGGCAGCUCGUCGUCUGCAGCCGACGCCGAUGGUGACUCGAAAAAGAAGAAGCGGCCAAAAUCAAAUGUUGUCUACUCCCAGCCCGCAGACACCGGCACAGGCACAAAUGUCAACACCCAACUCGUAUACCUCGUCAACCAUCUCAAGGCCACAGGCAACCCCAUGCGCCUCCAGGACCUCGCUAUCUUCACCAACACCCCAGUCGACACAGACAAGGUGCUCUUGGAGAAAUUCAAGGCUCAUGACCGAGUCAUCCAUGAUCCCAAGACUGAUCUGUAUUCCUACCGGCAUGACUUCAACGUGCGCAACAAGGCCGCCUUGUUGACCGAGAUCCAACGUCAGACCCGCAAGGGUGGCGGCUUGUCUGUGCGCACUCUCAAGGAGAGCUGGAAGGAGGCGCCACAGGCGAUCGAGGAGCUCGAGAAGGAGGGUGAGGUCUAUGUCACGCGGACGUUGAAGGACGGCCAGAUGCGUAUGGUCUUUUGGAACGAGGUCAAGCCAAAUGAGGAGCAGGGCGGUAUGGCCGUCGAGAAAGAGUUCCAUGACCUGUGGCAUGGACUCGAGGUGCCAAACGACGUCGACCUCCUCAAGGCCCUCGCAUCCGAGGGUCUCCAAGCCACCGCUUCUGCCGCCCCCGUACCGAGGGCUGGUGGGCAGAAAAAGAAGGGCAAGAAGGCUGCCCCUCGACAGCGGCCGGCUCGGAUUACGAAUACCCAUCUGAAAGGCAUCGUCGACCUGUCGCGCGACUAUGUUGCCCCUGGUGCGACGCCGAAGUAGGGUAGUGUUUUAUCUCGGACAUUACAUGCGGGCAUGCCUUGUACAUCAUGUAUACUUGACUCAUGGUUUGUGCAAUGAAGACCAGCCCUUCGUACGGAAGUGCCGUAGGUGUCGCGUACAUUGGUCUUACUGCCAGUGAGAGGAAUGUUAGAUUAAG